GUAGCGGGAUCAUGUGAUGAUGAUGAUGAAAACAAUGAAAAAAGUUGGAAAAUCUUGAUUGUCAGGAAAGAAAUUGAACAUUUAAUCUGUCAGAUAAAAAAAAAUUUACUUACCGAAAAUAUGUCUUCUUUUUCAAUAGACAAAGUACAUCAUCAAGUUGGGUACCUUAUAAUGAAUGAAGCUGGUGGAGUUAUUGCAUCUGGUGGUGAAUUGGAAUACAAUGAGGCAAUGGCUAGUAUUUUUUACCAAAUGGUAAAAGGAGCAGACAAAGGAAUUUUGUCACUUUCUGAUAAUGAAAAUGGUUUCAAGAAACUUUCUAUUACUUAUGAUGACCACUUUUAUGUUGUAGCAGUAUCCAAUAAGAAAAUUCAUGUAGUAAAAAGAAAGUACUACCCGGAAGAUCCAGCUUUGGCAUAGUAAAUUUAAAGAAAUUUAUGUGUUUGUAAAUAAGAUUUCAUGAAUUGUUUACUUGUGAUGUAAAUAAACAAAAAUUUUAUAUGAGUUUUAUGGGAAU